GGAAGCUGACAACUUUUCCUCUGUUCGCCCGAUGCUUGCAACACCCGAAGCGAGUCCUGACUUAUGGCGGCUUCUGCGCCGACGCCGCACGCGACUGGCUUUCCAGCUGAGGGUCGAUGCGGUUACUAUGUGGAAAAGAAGAAGCGGUUCUGCAGGAUGGUGGUGGCAGCAGGGAAGAGGUUCUGUGGUGAACACGCUGGAGCCGCGGAGGAAGAAAAUGCUCGGAAAAGAAUCCUCUGUCCUUUAGAUCCAAAACACACAGUAUAUGAAGAUCAACUAGCAAAGCAUUUGAAAAAAUGUAACUCAAGAGAGAAGCCAAAACCUGACUUCUUUAUUCAAGAUAUUAAUGCAGGCUUAAAAGAUGAGACGGAAAUACCUGAACAGUUAGUUCCAGUUUCUUCUCUCUCUGAAGAGCAGUUGGAAAAUUUAAUUAAGAAAUUGAGAAAAGCAAGUGAAGGUUUGAACUCUACACUUAAAGAUCAAAUUAUGUCCCAUCCAGCAUUGCAUGAUGCCCUUAAUGACCCUAAAAAUGGUGAUUCUGCAACCAAACACCUGAAACAGCAGGCUUCUAUUUUAGGUAACAUUGAAAAAUUAAAGUUACUUGGUCCAAGAAGAUGCUUUGUUGAGUUUGGAGCAGGAAAGGGAAAAUUAUCUCAUUGGGUUGAUAUUGCCUUAAAAGAUGCUGAAAAAGUUCACUUCAUCCUAGUAGAAAAGGUGACCACAAGAUUCAAGGUGGAUGGCAAACACAGAAAGAAAAAUUCAGUGUUUGAAAGACUUCAAAUUGAUAUUCAACACUUGUGUUUAAACAAGAUUCCUGUGCUAAGCAAAGAAAAACUACCUGUGGUGGGAAUUGGGAAGCAUCUGUGUGGUAUGGCAACAGAUCUUGCAUUACGAUGUUUGGUUGAAACCUAUGCUGCCAGUUGUGAGGAAAGGAAUGAAGAACCUUUAGCCAAACGCAUAAAGAAUGAUAAAACAGAGAAAGAAAUUAACACUUUGGCCAAGGAAGGAAAUGAAAAAAAUGUCCCAGAGAAGUGGACCCCUGUGGCUGGCAUUGUUAUUGCACUCUGUUGUCACCACAGGUGUGAUUGGAGACAUUAUGUGGGCAAAGAAUAUUUCAAGGCUCUAGGCCUUGGAGCAGUGGAAUUCCACUAUUUCCAGCGAAUGAGUAGUUGGGCAACUUGUGGAAUGCGGAAAACAUCUUUGGAAGCCUCAAAUAGUACCCCAGUGAGAAAAGAUAAUCAGAAUGAUGACAGUGAAGAGCAUGAUGAUGGGAGAUACAGAAUCACAGAGGACAGCGCUGAGAGUUUGCCUGGGUUUCUUACUGUUGAAGAAAAGAAGAAACUAGGGCAUCUUUGUAAAUUGCUGAUUGACCAAGGCCGAAUCGAGUAUUUACAGCAGAAGGGAUUCCGUCCCGCUCUUCAGUACUAUACAGAUCCUUUGGUGUCUUUGGAAAAUGUAUUGUUGACUGCUUUACCAAAACAUUCUUCAUUACCAGAGACAACUGCUUAAUGGAAAAGAAAUUUUGAACAACUUCUGUCUUCCACAAAAAAAAUAACAUUUUAAAUUGUAUUUUUAUAUUCAUGAAAAUAUAGUUUAAAUAGCAGAUAACGUGAACUUUAAAAAAUGUUGUGACCUCAUGGAACUUUGGUAAUAGCUUUUUUACUUUAGAAGUUCAAACAUUAGAGAAUUCACCAAAUUCCCAAAGUAAUCCUCUUCAGCAGGUGUCUUGAAUUCUAUUAUCCAUCUGUAUUUUCAGAGAUUGAUAAAGUAGUUGGACAGUUCACUUGGUUCUCUGAAACACACACAACACGUCAACGUAUGAAUAGCACAUUAACUUUCUAUUUGCAUUAAUUUUGGAAAUUUAUUUUCCUUUGAUCUUAUUUAAUACUUCUUAUUUCCCAAAUUCAAGAUGUAAUGAACAAUUGUCAGUUUGUACAAGGGCCAAUUUGAGAAUUUGGCUUAUGUAUGGAUUUUAUUCCAUGCAGAGCUGGAAAGGAUAAUCAAUUAGGAUUUUUUUCUAAUGUAAACAAAUUCAGAGAUAUUCACAAUCAAUUAAUGAGUUCACCUUCAGAUUUCCAGAGCCAUACCUGUAUCUAUAUAUAUCAGAAUUUGUCCAUGACAAACACCAAAACUAAAGAGAUGUUUUUAAGGAAAAAAACUGUUUCACUUCAUUUUUUUAAUUGGAUAAUUACCUAGUUAAAACUUCCAAAAGGAUAUUUAUAAGCCUAAUUGACAAAUUAAAUUGAAAUCUGAAGAUAGAUUCUGAAGUUAAUUUGGUAUCUCAUAUCCUUUAAUAAGCCAUUUUUACAUGUGUAAGUACAAAUAUAAGUAUGUUGUCUUCUCUUUGGGAAAACAAUUUAGAAUAAGGUGGAAAUUAGACAGUGAAACCAAAAACCUUCUCACAUUUAGGCCUCAUUUAAUUCAUAAGCAGUUUCUAUGCACAAGCAAAUACUAAACCAAACAUAUGGUAAGACUGUUAUUCUUUUCCACAUCUUAUCCUUGAUUUGUGUCUGCCUUUAUUUGUAAAAAUUGUCUUAGUCAUUGGUACAUUUGCCAAGACAAAGAUCUAGAAUUAUUAAUGUUAGAAUGAUAUUCUUAGGUAACUAUUUUUAUCCUGUAAGUCUGUGAUUAUAUGAAUUAUAAAUUAGAAGCCUAGCCUAUUUUUAAUUCCUGACCUUUCGACUUUAAUCUCAUGUUUUCUGAGAUUACCUGGGUCCCAAAGCCAACCCUCCUGCCUCUCUGCUCUCUGACCUUGGGCAAGCUGUUUAAUCUCUUUGUGCCUCAAUUUCCUCCUCGUAAAAUGGGGAUGGUGAUGAUGAUGAUACCUACCUCACAAGGUUGUUGUGAACAUCAAAUGAGAUAACAUGUAAAAUGCUUAGAACAGUUCCAAGCACAGAGUGAAUACUCAGUAAAUAUUAGCUAUUAUUAAUGGUAGUAAUUCAUGAACCUUUUAAUAAGAUAAUAGGCAGACUUGGUUUUAUUAUCUCUUUAAGUUGUAACUUUUUUUCUCUUGUUAAGUUUUAUGUCAAAUGUUAUUAAAGUAGCUUGACUAUUUUUUAAGUUAAUUACUCAUGUCUCUCAAUCAAGAGAACAUAAAUGAAGAUAAUACAUCAUUUAAUAAUUAACCUAAUUUUACUGGGUCAGGCAAUGGUACUUUGCGUCAUACAAUCUGUUUUGCAUCUUUCGACUAUUUAUGCCCAGAAAUAAAAGAUAUGCUACAACAGA